ACUGUCAUUCGAUUUAAGUACGCAGCCGAACAUACUUCUGCUCCGAGUUUGUUUACGAAAUUUGUAGCCUAAACGCAAGUGAAUUUAGUUUCUCAAAAACAAAUUAUGUCUCUGGUGGCUUACGAGUACAGUAGCGACGAAUCUUCGGAUAAUGAAGAACCGGAGGAAGUGAAACAAACAGUGGUUAAACACAAUGGAACUCCAACCGUCCCCAACAAAACCGAACAAAGCUUACCCGAGCCCGACGUUACCGAAGCGCCAACGAAUCAUCUGCAUCUUCCAGCACCCAAAAGCCUGAACGAUCUCAGUGUAGUGGAGGAGGAUGACGAAUUUCUACACAAAAAGGCAAUUCCGGCUAACAUUCCACUACCGCAGCCACCGUCCGCUUUGAGCAUGCCCGCGAAACCCAAGGUGCGCAAUGGAAAAGUACAAAUUACCAUCCCCUCGAUGAAGGACUUCUUGGACGGGGACGAUGAGCAGAAUACGAAGAAAGAAAAGCCGAUCAUAGGAGCUGCACUUCCCAAAAAGGCAAAUAAUCUUCUAAGUAUGCUACCGAAACCAAAAACAGCGCUUUUUAACUCAAAACCGAUGGGAACAGCAUCCGCUUCCGGCAGCUCAUCUUCCGGUCCCGCUACAAGCGCCAGCUUUAGCAAACGUCUCGUACCGGACUCUGUUGCUAAUCGUCCCCGUAAUGUACCCAUGAGUGCGACCAAAUCCAACAACCGUACAUCCACCGACCCGAGCACAAGAACCCUCAAAGCUGCCGCACCAUCGACGCAAGCCGACAACAGUGAUGAGGACGAUGACGGAGACGACCAGAUGGUGGAUUUCUUCUCCUUCAACAAAGUGGAUGAACUGCCAACGGUCAGUACGAAUGAAAUCACUGCAAUGGUUGCUAAAAAGGCUGCCAAAAUAGCGGAGAACGUGCGAAAGUAUGCCGAAACGGACGAACAAUCGGAAGCCAGCGUAUCUGCUACAUUCGACAGCGGAAAUGAUGAGGCGCUAACUCACCAGACAGCUACCGCCUCGGAAGAUUUGGCUAGCGAGACGGCUCUGUCCGCCCUUAUCGGUGGCAAUCGUGCUAAGCGGGCCCGUAUCGAGGAGGUCGAUCUGAUCGAAAUCACAUCGUCCGAUAUCGUGCCAUCGAAAGAGGACUUUUUGCGACGGCAACUGCAGGAUGAAACGGGAUAUGUACCGACCGGACAUUUGGUGGGUGAUUGGACGUGUACCAGCAAACGAAAAUCGCACAUUACACAGCUAGCAAGCAAGGCUCAGGCUAAUGCACAAGAGCUGGAAGCCAUGUGGGCCGCGAACCGACAGUCCCGGAGGCAAACUCAAAGCAAAUACGGGUUUUGAGAAUUGUUUUCUAUUAUUAUUAAUCAGUAAAAUAAAUUAAAGUGUAUACUCAACUGUU